AUGGCCGACAGCGACCUCGCGCCAAAGUUCGCGCCGUUCUUCUCCUUUCUAACAGACUCUCUCCUAGGCUGGCAUUGCCUCUGCAGUAAGCUGAGUGACAUCCUGCUUCGAUCAACCGUCCUGCUAACCGCUAUCUCCGAAGAUGAUCUUCGGGUGUACGUGAUUGACCUCGCGACAACGAUAAACACAGAACAUACCCCGAUCAGAAAGCUUACAAUCCUUACAGGCGUGGGAGCAGCAUAUGGCACAGCCAAGUCGGGCAUCGGGAUUGCAGGUGUGGGAACAUUCCGGCCGGACUUGAUCAUGAAGUCGCUCAUCCCCGUGGUCAUGUCCGGUAUCAUCGCCGUCUACGGUCUCGUCAUCGCCGUGCUCAUCGCCGGAGCGGUGAACCCCGACUCGAACAUGAGCUUGUACACGGGAUUCAUGCAUCUUGCGGCGGGACUGUCCGUCGGCCUCGCAGGCGUGGCCGCUGGAUAUACGAUUGGAAUCGUCGGUGAUGCGGGCGUGCGGGCAUACAUGCAACAAUCACGGGUGUACGUGGGAAUGAUUCUGAUUCUGAUUUUCGGCGAAGUUCUGGGCCUUUACGGGUUGAUUGUCGGCUUGAUCUUGAACUCGAAGUCCUGA